CAGGACAAUGUGUGGGUGUGACCAGGAUGUCACAUGCCACAUAUAUGGUCUCAGGGAUCUCUCCACAUUGUGAUCCGGGGAGAUGGAAGCGUCUGCUCGAUCCGUCCUCCUGGUCGUUGUCCUCGGCUCGGUGUGUGCCGGAUAUAUAUCGGCUGCAGUGGUGAAAUACGAGUGUCCAUCUUUUGACCCGUCCAUCUGUCUGUUCGCCAAACCUGGCCGGGCCGAGUGCCGCAACGACAGUCAAUGUACAAGCCCCAAGAAAUGCUGCUGCUCCAACUGUGGCUGGAAAUGCAUGGAUCCGGUGAAAGUCAAGACCGGCCGCUGCCCCCUAGUAUUCGCAAAAUGCAGAAUGCCCUAUCCAAAACCAACGUGUCACAAAGACUCCGACUGCCCAGGGCUAAAGAAGUGCUGCAGUAUCUGUGGAUACAACUGCUGGGACCCCGCACCAGAACCGCCUGGAGUUUGUCCCAAAAAUGAUGGAGAAACGUUGAGUGAACUUCAGUGUUCAUCGGUACAAUGCUCCCGGGAUACAGACUGCAGGGCGAACGAGAAAUGCUGCACUUCUGGGGGCGAACAGAAAUGUGUGGAGCCAGAGGUGAAAUACGAGUGUCCAUAUUUUGACCCGGCCAUCUGUCUGUUCGCCAAACCUGGCCGGGCCGAGUGCCGCAACGACAGUCAAUGUACAAGCCCAAAGAAAUGCUGCUGCUCCAACUGUGGCUGGAAAUGCAUGGAUCCGGUGGAAGUCAAGACCGGCCGCUGCCCCCUAGUAUUCGCAAAAUGCAGAAUGCCCUAUCCAAAACCAACGUGUCACAAAGACUCCGACUGCCCAGGGCUAAAGAAGUGCUGCAGUAUCUGUGGAUACAACUGCUGGGACCCCGCACCAGAACCGCCUGGAGUUUGUCCCAAAAAUGAUGGAGAAACGUUGAGUGAACUUCAGUGUUCAUCGGUACAAUGCUCCCGGGAUACAGACUGCGGGGCGAACGAGAAAUGCUGCACUUCUGGGGACGAACAGAAAUGUGUGGAGCCAGUUGUCCAUGGAUGAUGAUGAUGAUGAAGAUGAUGAGAACCUUAGGACUUGGCCAAGUUCACUUUCCAUUUCUACAAUGAUUAUUGUCAUUAGGAAGUGGAAUGAAUAAAGUUAUUUGAUCAUC